AUGAAAUUCAUAGUUCUUGCAUUAUUGUUGGCCUUGUCUUUAGCAGUCUUUAUGAUUUGCUCUGCCGAAGUGACCCAAGCUGAAAGUUCUGCACUCUCCACUUAUCUUCCAAGAAAGGGAAGAAAACACCGUCGUUCUCGCAAAUUCAAAAAGUUUGAUACUUAUGGACGUAAAUUCAAAGGAAAGAAGAGCAGAAAAUAUUGGAAGAAAUUUGGUAAGAGAUUCAAGAAAAGAUCCCACAGAAAGAAUAGAGUUCAAAAGAAAUAUUGGAAGAAAUAUGGCGGAAAGAGAUUCAAGAGAAGAUUCCACAAGAGAAAGGGUUGGAUUAAGAAGAGAGGAAAGAAGUUCUAUGGUCGUCGUUAUCGUAAGGGUUGGCCAAAGAAGAAAAGAAACUCCUUCAAGAAGAGAAGAAAUUUCCUUAAAAAGAGAAGACAUAACAAGAGAAAGAGAUGGAACAAGAAGCGCAGACACCAUAAGAGAAGAAGUUUUGAUGUUUACGGAAAGAUUUAUUAG